CUGUAGCUGUAGCUGCAGAUAUGAAUAAAUGUUUCGAGAUCUGAGAGUGAGAGGUUCUUUUCUUCUUCCUCCCUCCGUCGCCACUCAAUCGAAUUCAUCCUCGGAUUUCCCUCACCUCUUCCGAGGAUCACCAGAACCCCCAAAUCUCAGAGGGUUUCCUUCUUCUGCCGUUGCUGGAGCUUCCAAUCUACCCAUUGCUCAAUGGCCUGUUGAAGCGACUGCUCCAUUUGCUGCCGUUGAGGUUCGCAUCGAUUCCUUUUUCGUUUUUCGUCAUCGCAUUUUUGUGGUUCCAAUGGUUGUCGGAAGUGCGUUUGUGGAUUUUCCACUCGGAAAGUGGCGAAUUGGUGAAAUUCAUUUAUAGGAUAAUUGAUUUGGUUUGUUUUAGGCCUCGACAAAGUUUUGGAGUUGAAAGACCUGAACCGAACCGACGCCAUGAUCAGCAAGCAGCUUUUAUUAACCUACUUCUAUCUCUUAGUGUAUAUAACACUCUCUUCGGGAGUUAUUCUGUAUAACAAGUGGGUUCUGUCACCAAAGUAUUUCAAUUUCCCCUUUCCAAUUACACUUACCAUGAUUCACAUGGGCUUUUCGGGGUUGGUGGCCUUCUUUUUAAUUCGUGUUUUUAAGGUUGUGUCACCUGUGAAGAUGACAUUUGAAAUAUAUGCAACAUGUGUAAUUCCAAUCAGCGCCUUCUUUGCAUCCAGUCUUUGGUUUGGAAAUACAGCUUACUUGUUCAUCUCUGUUGCCUUCAUCCAGAUGCUUAAAGCCCUAAUGCCAGUAGCGACAUUCGUCAUGGCUGUUAUUUGUGGAACUGACAAGUUAAGAUGCGAUUUAUUUCUGAACAUGAUCCUGGUCAGCCUUGGUGUUGCUAUAUCUUCAUACGGAGAAAUUCAUUUCAACGUAGUGGGCACACUUUAUCAAGUAACAGGAAUAUUUGCCGAAGCUCUUAGAUUGGUUCUCACGCAAGUUCUACUCCAAAAGAAGGGCUUAACACUUAACCCUAUCACAAGCUUAUAUUACAUUGCUCCAUGCAGCUUUGUAUUUCUCUUUGUACCUUGGUACUUUCUGGAGAUGCCGAGGAUGGAAGUGUCACAAAUCCAGUUCAAUUUUUGGAUAUUCUUCUCCAAUGCAGUUUGUGCAUUGGCUUUGAAUUUCUCAAUCUUCCUGGUGAUUGGAAGAACUGGCGCAGUGACCAUUCGAGUUGCUGGUGUUCUAAAAGACUGGAUACUCAUAGCCCUCUCCACCGUCAUUUUCCCCGAGUCGAUAAUUACUAAGCUCAAUAUAAUAGGCUAUGCUAUCGCUUUAUGUGGUGUUGUGUUGUACAAUUACUUAAAGGCCCGAGACAUCCGAUCAACCCAACCUACUGGGGAAACAAAGAAUGUUUCUGUUUAUCACUUCAAACAGAGUUUUGCAGCGGAAAAGAGGACCUUUGAUGAUAAUCCGAACAGCAUUCUUUCUGGAAGAGCAGCUGUGGAUGAAGAAGCCCCUUUAAUCACAUCCUCAAAGGGUCUAUAAUUCUAGGACAAAACCUGAUCCGAAUCGAUGGUACACACUAGUGUUUUGCUUCUAUUUUCAUUUGAUUCCCGGCCCCGGAUUAGUGCCUUUUUAUUUUUGUGAGUAUUGCUAUUAAUGUACCACUUGAGUUUUAUAAAGCAUAAAGAUUUCGAGUACAAUGGAAUAGUUUGGCGUCUGGCGAGCU